AUGCGCGCCUGGUACUUUGACGAACUCCCUGGCCACCAGAAGCUCCCCCACAUGGGCGAGCCCGUGCCCAACCAAAAAGUCUACGACUUGGGCGUCAAGCACUGGAAGAUCCCCCUCGAUGGACAUGAAGAAACCAUCAACCAGAUUGCGAAAGAGCGGGACUAUCCCAAUAGGGACAUCAUUAACAUCUCCAAAGAGGGACUAGGCGAGUUGUAUGAUGAGAAGAUGGUCUAUUUCUUCCAAGAGCAUAUGCAUGAGGAUGAAGAGAUCCGAUACAUUCUCGACGGCACGGGGUACUACGAUAUCCGCGAGACCCCCACCGACAAAUGGAUCCGCUUCCAAAUUGAAGCUGAAGACCUCGUCAUCAUUCCAGUUGGUAUUUACCACCGCUUCACUCUAGACGAAGGCGACUACAUCAAAUCUAUCCGCUUGUUCCGUGCAGACCCCAAGUGGGUGUACAUGUACCGCAGCAAGGAGAUGGACGUGAACCCGUACCGGCUUGAGUAUCUCAAGCAGACGAAGGAAAAGCUUGGACUGCCGGUUGCGCCUGCUGCUGUUGGAUGGGGUGCUUGGCUAUGGAGCUGGAUUACUUGGAGCAAGCUUUAA